UUCAAUCAGGUACCCGUUCUUGAAAAAUGCCGUUUUGGCAACCAAACCCGAUCCCGAAAUUGCGAAUCAGAUAGAUACCCUAUUACCCGAGUCAGGAUACCCAACUUCAGUGGGAAUCAUGUAUACACAAUAAUACAAGCAUUGAUGAAGUCCAGGUAAAAAAAUGAAGAAAUGAAUAUUUAAAGAUCUGGAAUAUGAUGUGGAUCAGAAGAGUGGAUUUGAGGAUGGAAAGAGGAGGAAAUGUUAUGCUGGUUUUGGCUGCGAUUGUGUUGAUACUGAGGCGGGUGGAGUCGAUCCGAUUCGAUCUGGAAACGGGGCACUCCAAAUGCAUAGCCGAGGAUAUAAGGAUCAAUUCAAUGACAGUCGGAAAAUAUCAAGUCGUCAACAACAACGAGGGAUUGCCUUUGCCGGAUGCUCAUAAAAUCACUAUUCGGGUUACCUCAGCGUACGGGAACAACUACCACUACGCAGAAAAUAUCGCUUGGGGCCAUUUUGCGUUUCAGGCAGCGGAUGACGGCGAUUACAUGGCUUGCUUCUACGCUGCUGAGACCAAACCCUCCAGUUUUAUGACUGUAGACUUCGAUUGGAAGUCCGGUGUCGCUGCCAGCGACUGGACCCGUGUUGCCAAGAAAGGUUCCCUUCUUGUAAGUGCUCUCACUCUCUCGCUUACCUCUUAUUCUCUAUACUUGAUGGAUUUGCAUCUCCAGGCAAUGGAACUUGAGUUAAAGAAUAUGUACGAUACAGUCCAGUUCAUUCAAGACGAGAUAUAUUAUCUGCGCGAAAGGGAAAAAGAAAUGCAACUGCUAAAUAUAUCGACCAACUCCAAAAUGGCGUGGCUCAGUUUUCUGUCGCUUCUUGUUUCGUUAUCUGUCUCAGGCCUGCAGCUCUGGCACCUGAAGUCAUUCUUUCAAAAGAAGAAGCUUAUUUGAACUCAUUCUUGGUAUGGGGACGGGGAAUGUUUUUUAGUUUCAACUUGCAACGUUAUUCAUCUUUGGAUAGAAAGAAGCUAUCUUAGAGAAACACAGUUUCAAAAUCUUCUACUAGUAUCAUACAUUAUUUUUUUUACAUUUGUGGGAGUCCAGAUCUCAGCUUGCGCUGGCACUGCAUCGCUCUCGGAAAAGUUAAUGAAUGGCAAAAUAAAUUCACUGA